UUGAUGUCUCGUCGUGAGCAAGUAAAAGUAUACUUGUAUCUUUCAUAAUCUUUUAUACGUAAUUGCGUAUUGUGCAUAACGUGCAUUGCUUUGUGUAAAAACGUUGCCGAAUCUGUGUAAAAUUGACUAAUCUUUUCGACAAAGUUCAAUACAACUUGACGUAUAGAUUGUCAUCAAGCUGAAUCGAGGGUUGUUUGUGAGAGUGUUUCUGCACUGUUAAUUUGUUAAGAGCAAGAGAAGAAAAGACUACAUAAUGUCACUUGCACCACUGAUCUUCUCCGACUGGUGGGACAGCCUUGAGGGUCCACACCAUAUCUUUGAUCAACACUUUGGUUUACCUUUGGAUCAGGAAGAUUUCAUUGAUCGCAUUGCCCCUUCAAGAUCUGAAGUAUUAAUUUACAAACCAAGUAAGCUGCACAACAGACUUCGACGCUACCAUCCAUUCCUCCAUGGUCUUGCUCGUAGAAGUGGCAAGGGAUCUUCGGUGGUGUCUGCCAAAGAUAACGAAUUCUGCAUUAAUCUGGAUGUCAACCAGUUCUCUCCAGAGGAGGUCAAUGUAAAGGUGGUAGACAAUCACAUUGUUGUGGAAGCCAAGCACGAGGAGAAAGAGGAUGAACAUGGCUGGAUUUCUAGGCAGUUUACUCGAAAGUAUCUUGUGCCAAACCAAUGCGAUAUUGACCAAGUGGAAUCCCGUUUGUCUUCUGACGGAGUACUCACCAUCACUGCACCAAAGAAACAAGAGCAGAAACUCGAAUCUAAUGAAAGAAUCAUUAAAAUUCAACAUACUGGUGAGCCAGCCAUUGCUCAGUCAGAAGCUUCUACUUCUGGAGAAAAUGCCCAGCCCAAGGAAGGGAACCAACCACGUCAAGUUCCUCAGCGUGGCAAGAAGUCAACAGUCAAAGCUGCUUAAAUCAUUUUAAUUUCGUAUUCAAAUUCUUCAAUCAUUUUUUCCAUCAUCAUUUUCAAGUUCCUUUCGUUUUUUCAACGAAUUUUCAUUUAAAUUUUCAAGUAAUUAUUAAGAUUGAAAAUUUAGAUACUAAUGGUUGUGAAUUAUUUAAAGAUAAACAGUAGUACUUAAGUUUUGUACAUUGAUGAUUGUAUUUAAGUACAAGUGGAUAAUUUAUAAGUAAUAAAAUAAAUCGAGUGUUUUUCUAUAAAAA